UUUAUUUGAGGCUAAUUUUGAGCGUCAUUGGGCGGAAUUUAUUGUGUUUCUUGAACCAUUUCCUAAAGCUUUUCGCUAUGCACUUGAAACACUUUAUCCUACACCUAGUAUCCAAAGUACACAGCGAAUAGAAAGUAUCAAUAGAAUUAUUAAAAAAGAAGUUUCACGUAGCACAACAUUACUACAUUUAGUUGAUACAAUACAAAAUUGUCUAAAUGAGGAAGCGUAUUAUCUUCUUUAUGAUGCUGCUGAACUUUCUAUUGAGUGUGACAAUUUUUUUUCAGAACCUGAGAAUAUUAUAGAUAAUGGAUGUCGUGAAGACAAUUAUGAGCAGCUCCAGAUAGGUCUCAAAUCCUUAUUGCAAAACUUAAGAAGAGAAUAUGUUGAACAG